ACCCGCAUAGAACAAAUACCGUGAACGCUAUACAUGGCAAACAUAAACACGGAAUAUAUAAUGCAAGACGCCUCAAACCUAGAAGUACACCACAUUAAACUGCCAUUACUCGUUAACACCCUCGCAAUCUAGAUUUCUUGUACUCUAUUACACUAAUCAUGGCUCCAAAAAAGGCAAAGAGUCAGAGAACUAACAAAAGUUUGAAAGCCACGACAACCGGCAAGAAGCAAAAGGUCCAGGCGACCGCGAAGGUAUCAAAAGCGCAGGCGGCUGGCAAGAUCUCAAAAGUCAAGAAGGCCAAAAAGCGUUCAAAGGGCCGACCAGCUGGCAAGAAGUCGAAAGCCCAAAGCACCGACACAGCCCCAGAGGCUCAGGAGUCCCGUAACAAUUCUACCGACCAGGCGCCUGAAAAGGAGACAACCAGCAGGAAACGAAAGGCCAGUGAACCGGGAGACUUGAUCCUUCAGCCACGGGUCCUGAAGAAACCCAAGAUCUUUCUCAAUCUGAAGCUUGACGAGCCUAAAAUCCAGCCUUCCCGGCGGGCUACCGAGAUUAUCGCUGCGAUCUACUGGGAUAUCAACAAUAUAUGCUUAAUCCAGGGCCUCGUGUCGAAGAACAACAAUGAUCAAAAUCAGCUCGCAUUCUACCGGUCGCAGCACAACGAGGCACAGAAGCUGGUGCGCAUGGCAGUUGACUAUAAGUUAAAUGCCCUGAAUCCCGCCGAGAAGGAAGCACGCGAGGUGAGGAAUAUCGCGCGAUUUGUCCGCAAUUUCGGGUGGAGGACUCUGGCAAUCUGCGCGUGGGCGGAAGCAUUUCGCAGAGCAUGUUUAGAGGAGACGGAUCCCGCAGUUUGGAAGAAACUGCUCGUCCUGAUUCGAGAGAACUCAGAAAGCGUGGUCUAUUUCGCUCGAUUGCGGAACCUGGAUUGGCGCGGUCUGCUGCUCCGAUACUCCAAUCACCCCAUCCCGGAACUCAGGAAGCACCUGAAGUGGGUUUAUAAGUGGAUCGGCAAGGAUCAUCCGCACCAUUUUGUGCGAACCAUAAGCGGCGGACUGCGCAGGCCAUCCUAUAAACGCCGACUACAGGAACAUAUGGACGAGUGUUUAUUCGACCCAGCGAAUUGGGCCGCAGACGGUCGAGAGGUGGAGGACCCCACCCUCCGUCAGGAGAGACACGGUGACUGCGCCCUUUGCGGGUCGAGCGAGCUCUGUGACUGCAAGCCGGGUCGUCUGGUAGCAGGUCUGGUCGAACUAGUCGAUUAUCCCGCAAAGGGGACAGGGAUUCGGGCUUUGACAAACUUCAAGAAAGGGGAGCUUUUGGCGGAAUACGUGGGGGAAAUCCAACCCGGUGAUCAUGACGAUGUCGUUUACGGUCUUUAUCUUCAGACCGAGGCCGAUGGUGAACCCGUGCUUGCAAGUAUAUCGUCCCAGUUCAAGGGGAACUGGACUCGAUUUAUCAAUCAUUCCUGUAACCCCAGUACCGAGUUUGAGUAUCGGACCAUAGGGAAUCGGGUGCGAAUGACAGUGGAGGCCCUCCGGGACAUCUCUAUCUUUGAGGAACUCACCAUCAGCUAUGGGGAAUGGUACUGGCCAUCACUUGGCCGGUGGUGCCAAUGCGGAGAGCCGAAUUGCAUGUACAAAAAAGACUAAACCUAGGUUGUCAGCGAUUUAUCUAGAUGUCGAGAUUCAAUGGGGGAUCAGGG